CCUACUCACCGACCAACGACAAGUGUGUUCCACUUACUAUGGUACACCCGCACUGGCGCACUGCACGUCUGUACAACUCAAUCGGCUUAUAGGCUAUUUCCUGUCACUUUCCCCCUGAUUCCUUCUUCCCUAUUGGUUUUCGUAACAUGGCCCAAUACCCGUCGGCCUUCAUAUUCUCACAUGGAUCCUCGCGCGUACUAUAUACACUAGACAUCAGUAUAACAUAUAUAUUAUAUAUAUGACGAUUAACGGUUCACAGUUCCACAUCCACAAGUCACACGCAUUUAGUGCACGUUAAUGACCGUUCGACAUGUAACUAUGUGCACUUCAUAAUAUCAUGUUAAUGUAUUAUUCUGACAAUAAUCGAGGAAAUGCCAUAAAUUAUCUGUUGCGAUUGUGCCGACUAUAAAUUUGAAUGUUCAAUGAUUAUAAAAUUAAUCAAAUUAUAAUAUAAUUAUACAAAAACAAACAUUGUGCAACGUCUGUGGUCUAUAUCGUAAUAUAUUAUGGUUCAAUGACGAUUUGUUUAACUUAAAAUACCGUCAUCAAAUAUAAUAUACCGAAAUCAUUCCAAUUAUUGAGUUUAAUAUGGAUUUGGUUAACAAUAGCAUUUUGUUAACUAAAAAUUCAGUUAAUAAUUUGUUUGGACAACGGGAACCUUGGCAAGUUGCUUCUAUCACAGCUUCCAGUAUAUUAACAUCUUAUUGGCUAUGGAAUUUUUUAUGUCAAGAUGAAAGUUUGUAUAACAGAUUUAAAAAAUUUACAUUUACGCAAAUUAAAAAAAUACCAAAAUUCAAAAAACAAGUCGAAGAAGAAACUAAAAAAAUUUCUGACCUUUUUGAAAAUGAAGUUAUUGAAAAUACCAAGAGUGAAAAAUACAUUGUUGAACUCCCAUCACAAGGAAUUCCUCGAGAUGAAUUAAUUAAAACUGUAAAUAGGUAUUUAGAUCUUGGUAAAUAUAAAUGGAAAGAGGGGUUUAUUUCUGGUGCUAUUUAUUAUUAUGAUGAAGAACUAAUUAAGUUGCUUACUGAAGUAUAUGGUUUGGCUUCUUAUACAAAUCCUCUGCACUCAGAUAUAUUUCCAGGAAUUUGUAAAAUGGAAGCAGAAGUUGUACGUUUAGUUGUAAAUCUAUUUCAUGGGGAUUCCAAUGCUUGUGGAACAAUGACUAGUGGUGGAACAGAAUCAAUUAUAAUGGCAUGUAAAUCUUAUAGAGAUUUUGGAAAAAGUGAACGCGGUAUUAAAAAAGGUGAAAUAAUAGUUCCACGAUCGGUACAUCCUGCAUUUGAUAAAGCUGCUGCUUAUUUUGGCAUUAAAAUUGUACACAUUGAAUUAUAUCCUGAUACUUAUGCAGUUAAUUUAAAAAAAAUGGAAAAUGCAAUAACAAAGAAUACAUUGCUGCUAGUCGGAUCAUUUCCUAAUUUCCCAUAUGGAACAUCUGAUGAUAUAGAAGCAAUAUCAGCUUUAGGUCUUAAGUAUAAUGUCCCAGUCCACGUUGAUUGUUGUUUAGGUGGUUUCAUUGCAGCAUUUAUGCCACAAGCAGGUUUUCCACUACCUCCAUUUGAUUUUAUUUUACCUGGUGUUACAAGUAUAUCUGCUGAUACACACAAGUAUGGAUAUGCACCCAAAGGUUCUUCAGUAAUAUUGUAUUCUGAUAAAAAAUAUAGACAUAACCAAUAUUAUGUGUGCACAGAAUGGCCUGGUGGUCAUUAUGGUUCACCAACUAUAGGCGGAUCAAGAUCUGGGGGUAUAAUUGCUGCAUGCUGGGCCACUUUAAUGUAUUUUGGUAUGAAUGGCUAUAUUACUUCAACAAAAGAAGUUAUGGACACUAAAAUAUUUAUUGAAGAACAAUUACGUAGUAUGAAGGGUAUUUUCAUUUUUGGAAAGCCUACUACAUCUGUGAUAGCAAUUGGUUCAAAUGAUUUUAAUAUUUAUCGAUUAUCUGAUGCAUUAAAUGCCAGAGGUUGGAAUUUAAAUACUUUACAAUUUCCAAUUGGGAUUCAUAUUUGUAUUACACAUUUACAUUCAAAACCUGGUGUAGCUUCAUUAUUUAUUGAAGAUUUAAAACUAGAAUUAAUUGAAAUAUUAAAAACUCCUAAUGUUCAACUUUCUGGAAAAAUGGCUAUGUAUGGAAUGUCUGCCACAUUGCCGGAUAGAACAAUAGUUGGUGAUAUCACAAGAUAUUUUAUAGAUGCUAUGUAUUAUACUCCAAAAUAA